AUGGGGGAUAUCUCUAAAAGUAAUUGUUGGCGUAAACCUAAUGAGUAUACGGUCAAGGUGAAUGUCGAUGGUGCGACUUUUGAAGCUCACCAAAACUUUGGUUUCGGUUGUGUUGCUCGUGAUCACCAUGGUAAGCUUAUUGAAGCUAUUUCUGAGAGUCGUUGGGGUUGUGUUUCUGCUGAAAUAGCUGAGGUCAUUGCCAUCAAGGAAGCGCUAAGUUGGAUAAAGCGCAAGGGCUGGGGUAGGGUGGUUGUUGAGUCUGACGCUUUAGUUGUUGUUCAAGCAAUUAAUAGCUCAGUGCAUAUGCCAUCCCAGUUUGGUUUGUUGGUUGAGGACUGUCGUACUAUUGUUGCUAGUUUGAAUAAUGUCCUUAUUUCUUAUGUUAAUCGAUCUGCAAAUAGGGCUGCCCAUUGUGUUGCUAGGGUGUCUUAUUUAUCGUCAGGUUGUACUUUUAAUGAGCUAGAUGCUCCGCUUUCUUUGUGUGACAUUGUUAAGGCUGAUGCCUGUUAA